GGUAGCAUCUUGUGAAUAGUCAUUAGUUCGACCUCGUGGUCGAAUUAUCAUAAAUUCAUGCGUUUUUAGGGUUAGGGAAUACACAAAUAACCAUUUUAUUAAUAAAGUCAUUGAACAAAUCUGCCGAAUAUAUUAAAUACUAAAUUAGAACAAAGUUCCAAAUACUGCAGUCUACGACAAUAGUACUGUCACAAAAAAUGUAAAUUGUUAUAGAGAACGGAACAUAUGUUGUGCGUAACUAAAUUAAUAUAUUUCAGCUUGACCGUCGCAUCCCUGGGGUGCCUGGCAUAUCCCACAAGGACUACCCAAUCUACAGCACCAUCCCCCUUACUUCCUUCUCCUGUGCUGAUAAGCUCACGGGUUAUUAUGCCGAUCCUGAGGCCCGCUGUCAGGUGUUCCACAUGUGCCAGUUCUCAGGUCGCCAGAACUCCUUCUUGUGUCCCAACGGCACAGUCUUCAACCAGCAGGUGCUGACCUGUGACCACUGGCGUAACGUUGACUGCGGUCAAGCUCAAGCUCUCUACGGUGUCAAUGACAAGCUCUACGUCCCUCAGAGGAAGGAUCCGGUCACCAGCAACAACAGUGUUCUUAAACAGUUAACCACCUAUUGGCUGUCUGAAUCCUCUUCCGGGUUCUACCAACCAAUCACGAACAGGCACGUCACGACGCUUCCACCAUUCCCCGAAGAAUUUUCAAAUGCUACGCCUUUCCUUCCACCAAUCACGAGCAGCCACGUCUCGGCGCGGCCGACAUAUACUCCCUCCACAUUCGCUGAUCGUCCUUACAACAAGCCAAUCAGCGACCGCCGUCGUUCUACAGACAUACCAAAUGGUCGCCAUCUUGAAACUCCAACGACCCUGGGAAUCCAAGAGGAGGUCUUGGAAGGAUUCGAACCUGUCUCCUUAAACAAAGAACAUAAAGUAACCCAUGAGGACGUCUUAGAGGGAUACGAACAUGUCCCCAUAAACAAGGAGCUCCAUACAGUAGCCAAUGAGGAAGUCUUAGAAGGAUUCGAACCCGUUCCCAUAAAUCUGCAACGCCAUGUUGUAGAUCCUCUGAAAGUUAAACCAUUUCUUCCGUAAAUACUCACACUAUAAUUAUAAUAUCCUCAUAUUAUAAUAUUCUUCUCACUCAAAUAAAAAUAAAACUCAGUUUCAAUAUACAGCGCAAGAACAAUGUGAGAAGAAGGAAAACAGUGUAAACACAAUGCUUGAACGAUGAAAGAACAGUGUACGAACAAAGGAAUAAAGGAAAGCACAGAAAGCUAUUGGCCAAUACGAGGCUGGCAAACACACACACACACACACACACACACACACACACACACACACACACACACGCACGCACGCACGCACGCACGCACGCACACACACACACACACACACACACACACACACACACACACACACACAGGGGUUGUUUUAAAUUGGGAUAAAUUUGACCUUACCCGUAAUUUAGAUGGGAUUCGGAAAACUUGGGUGAUUUUGGCUUUGGUUGUGCUAUGACACGGCAAAUUUGGGGCGAAUUUGGUGGAGAUUGUCUUAAAUUGGAUGAAAUUAGCUAGAUGGGCGCGGCACCAACACCUGAAAAUGAAUUUUUUAGGGGACUUCUAAUGUCUCAGACUUGCCAUGUAUUAUAUUAUAUUAUUAAAUUAAUAUUAUACGGUAAAAGCACUUGUUAUCAGUUUGAGAGACGAUAUAUACAGUUGUCUUUUAGUCUGAGAGACGAGAAUACGUAGGUCUCCCCCGCAAAUAUAAUGUUUUAGCAGAAAAUAAAACGAGAUCUCGCAAGUUGCGACAUUAGAGAAAUAUAGGGAGGGAUCCAUACAUCAGGCGGCAAGCAACUACGUCUGGCAGAACGAAUUAAUAUAUUUCUUUGAUAUACAUCCUCAUACCCAUUCUUUGGGGCAGUGGAGAAAGGGUUAAAGAGGCACACAAUCGGUUGGGGAACUGAACCCCAUAGUUCAUUUAGCUUGGCAACUGAUAAUAUCUAGAAGCGAGUCGCACAAUUGUUACUGUCACACACACACACAUGUGUGUAUAUAUGCAUCCAUGUACACAAAUACAUAUAUACAUCAAUAAUUUUCUAUAUCACAAGUGAUUCAACAAGAGGCUCACAGGACACUCACCAUGUGUAAUUUCAACAGUGACUUAGUGUAGACGCAUUGAGCGUCACCUUCACUCGACAGACACAUCACUCCACAGUCAGCAUUUGACCGAUAGAAUGGACCACCAGAUGAAUUGUGUGGGAACCAACGUUGCUGCUCCCAACCACAAUAGGAAAACUCUCUUCAGUUCAAGUUCCGACAGUGAUGGCGAUUGGCGUCCUGUGACCAAAGUCAACAGGAAGAACCCCUCCAUUACGGCUUACUACACCGGUGUGUUAACUAAGCAAGUCCUUCCUCAGGCGACCUAGUUGAAUAUCACGACAGGAAUAAAGGUUAAAGAAUAAAAGAAAAUUCUUAGAAAUUUUCCGAGCUCAAUUCCUUAGCCAUUUCACUUAUUCCACUAAUCCAAACUUUCACACUGUACAUGUGGAAUACCUGUGGGAGAGUUAUA